AUGGAUUACUCGAGAACGACGGCGGGCAGCAGCAAGCAGGCCAUGAAGACCGUGGAGACUCCUGAACAGCUUCUCGACGUCUUCAAGGCUGCCGCGCUUUCCGUCACCAAACUCUACAAGACAUCUGCGCUGGCUGAGUCCAGGGCGCGCGCCGAUGGCUACCAGGACUGCCUUGAAGAUCUGCUGGGUUUCCUCGAUAAAGAGAACAUGGGACUCUGCGAUGGUGAGGGGUGGGGUAUACGACGAUGGGCCACCGAGAGACUCGACGGCCGCGAUAGCGCCCUCCAGAGCACCGAAAGCGAAGACGAGACGGACAAGGCCGCGGAGCGCACCGCAUCCCCCGAAGUCACACGAAGGAGCGCCGAACCCCAGCAAAUAGCCGCUCAAGGCAGGGCCGAAUCGCCGGCUUCGAGCACCCAGUCACGAGCCGACGAGCCAACACACUUUGUCGUCCCCUCGCAGGACAGCUUCACCUUUCAGUCCGCCCACCCCUAUCCCAACAUUGCCACUCUCGAUCUCUCCGACGGCCGACCGCACCAUGACACGUCCGCGUUUCCGACACGAGCGACCAAGGCUCGGCUCAAUGGGCCCGGGACAGGCCGUACGCUACGCACGUCGGGCCACCUCGGGCGAGGGGCUGGCACAAAGCGUCGCAUCAACUUUGACGACUUCUUCGGCGGGUGCUUUGGUGGCAAAGAUCCCUCGAACCCGAGCGGCAAACGUGGCCGACACGCCUGA